UCUAUUUAAAAACGUAAUGUCAGACAAAAUAGAACAGUGUAAAUGGCUAAUCAAUUUUUUUUAUGUUUUGUUUAUCUUUUUACGCAAUGUAAAAUCGUGUUAAAACAAUUUUGGUAAUAAAAAAAAUGUUUUACAUAAUUCGAAUUUAAAAUAACUGUCAAAAUUAAUUUUUACAAAUUUUUGUUCAUAUAAAAUUGAGUUCACUGCAGCAGAAAAUGAGUGAUAAAUCAGUUCCUAUUUUUCUUGCCUUUGGUAAUCCAUUGUUGGAUAUAAGUGUAAUUUUAGAGCCGGAAAAUGAUAGUUUACUAGUGAAACAUAAUUUAAAUCCAAAUGAUGAAAUUGAAAUAUCUGAAGAAAAAUUAGAAUCUAUGUUAAAAGAUCUUAGUAAUUCAUCGAAUAAAAUUCAUUAUGUGCCUGGUGGGUCGGCACAAAAUACGACAAGACUUUUAAGAUGGAUUCUUGACGUACCAAAAUCAACAUCGUAUAUUGGAUCAGUUGGACGGGACGAACAGGGGCAAAAAUUAGAGGCUUUUAAUUCAGCUGAUGGAGUUGAUACAAGAUACGUUGUACAAGAGGACAAACCAACUGGAGUAUGUCUGGCAUUCAUAAAUGGUCCGAACCGCUCGUUGGCCGCUCAUCUAGGAGCUGCCGUUGAUUUUAAAGUAGAAAAUUUCAAAAAAUGUCAAGAAUUACAAGUUAAUAUAAUGAAAUCUGUAAAAAUAAUUUAUGUUGAAGGCUUCUUUAUCACAAAUCGUGUUCAAGUUGUUGAAAAUAUCUUACAAUUUUGUAAAACAAAUAAAAAGUUAUUCGUAUUUAAUUUAAAUUCAGAGUAUUUAAUAAAUUCGUACGGUGAAAGUAUGAAACAAUUUGCUUAUGAAUGUGAUAUAUUAUUUGGUAAUGCUGCGCAAUAUUUAACGCUAGCGGAAUUAUUGGAUAUGAAUGUGGAAAGAACAAUGGAAAAUAUUGCGUUACAUAUAAAUGAAAAAUCAAAGACACCUAGUGGAAAUAAAAUUGUUAUAGUUACUGAUGGUUCUGAACCAGUGAUAUGUGUUAGUGGAGAUAAAAAAUUAGUUAAGUAUGAUGUACCUGAAAUAUCACCAGAGGCUGUUGUCGAUACAACGGGAGCGGGUGAUGCGUUUGUCGCUGGAUUUUUAGCGGGAAUAAUUAAAGAAAAAGAUUUAAAAACCUGUUUGGCAUGGGGUUGUUGGAUGUCUAGACAAAUUAUACAAAUGAUUGGAUGUCCUACACCGAAAACUUUACCGAAAGAAAUACUUACAGUCAAACCUUGAUAUUUAUUUAUUUUUGUUUCAUAGCACUGAGAGUAAGAUUGAGAGUAACGAUAUAAUUAAGACAAAAAAAUAGAAAAGUACUAUUUUGUUAAUCGUUGAUUUUAAAACACAAAAGGAAGAAAAUGAUAAUUUUC